GAGCAUGAACUGUCAUAACUCCCUCAACACUGAAAUUACUACUUUCUGUUAGGCAGUUGUUGUAUCUAUCAUAUCUACUAUAUCUAUAUCUAUACCAUAUAUAUAUAUAUAUAUCAUACAGUUUUUUUCUUUUCCACUUAUAAACAACUCACAUUCCCACGAUUUAUCAAACCCUAGUUAUUUUUUUUUUUCAUUAUUUCUGAUUAUCUAAUUCGGGUCGGGUUAUCUGAUUUUAACUUAUGAUCACAUUUUUUUACUAGAGUAGUUUUUGGAAUGAAGGACUGGAAUUGAACAUUGAUUACACACAGUAUAUAGUGUGUGUGUUUCUUUUAAAAAAAAUUAUUUAUUUUUAUUUAAUUGAUCAUGGCUAGGAGACAUGGAUGGGAACUUCCUGCUCAUACAUUCCAGGUUGUGGCUAUUACAGUAUUCUUCUUGUUGUCAGUUGCCUUCUAUGCAUUCUUUUCGCCUUUUCUGGGAAAGGAUAUAUACGAACAUAUUGCCAUUGGCGUUUAUUCCUUCUUGGCUUUAUCUGUAUUCAUUCUUUAUGUAAGAUGCACAGCUAUUGAUCCUGCUGAUCCCGGCAUAUUGAUUGAACCCAAUAGGGCGUCACCUUAUAGAUCACAUAACGGCACUGAAGUUCCUGGAAAUGCAUCUUCUGUUGGAGAUCAUAGUAAGGCGGAGUUUCAAAAUGGUGGAAUAUAUGAGAACGGGAAACCAGGCUGCUGUUCAAAAUUGGGUGGAUUAUUUUGUGGUUGUAUUGUCAAAGAGGAUUGUCGAAAUGAUGAAGAUAUGCAAUUAGGAGGAGACGAAGAAGCUUUAUUCUGUACAUUAUGCAAUGCAGAGGUGCGCAAGUAUAGCAAACACUGCAGAAGCUGUGACAAAUGUGUUGACGGGUUUGAUCAUCAUUGUCGGUGGUUGAACAAUUGUGUUGGAAGGAAGAACUACUUUACAUUCGUGUGCCUAAUGGCUGUAAGCCUUGUUUGGCUUACUUUUGAAUGUGGGGUUGGGAUUGCGGUUCUUGUUAGAUGUUUUGUUGAUAAAAAGGCUACAGAAAAUCAGAUUACCGAUAGACUUGGAGAUGGAUUUAGUAGACCUCCAUUUGCAACUGUGGUGGCUAUAUGUACGGCUGUUUCGUUGCUGGCCACCAUCCCACUAGGAGAACUCUUCUUUUUUCACAUAAUCCUCAUACGGAAGGGGAUCACAACAUAUGAGUUUGUAGUUGCAAUGAGGACCCAAAGUGAACCUCCAGGACCGUCACUAGAUGGGAUGGAUCAACAAAGCCUGCAGUCUUCUCCCACAAGCUCCGCUGUGACUGCCAUGAGUGGACGAAGUUCCCAUGGGUUGAGCUUGCACAACAAAGGGGCUUGGUGCACCCCUCCCAGGAUCUUUAUGGAUCAACAGGAUGAAGUGAUCCCUCAUCUAGAACCAGGGCGGCUGCCAUCCACCGUUGAUCCAGAUGCAGUCCAGCCACCAGAAAAGGGUAAAAAGUUACCUCAACGUCCUGUCAAGCUCAGUGCCUGGAAGCUUGCAAAACUAGAUUCAAACGAAGCAAUCAAAGCAGGUGCCAAAGCCCGAGCUUCAUCCUCUGUUCUACGUCCAGUGGGAUCUAAAUACAAUCAGUAUGAUCCUGAUCAUUUAUCUAGUAGCAAUGUGAGUGGUAGAAGCAGUCCAAACAGUAUCCAUCACAAAAGGAGUCAUUCGAAAAGCUCAUAUCCGCCUAGUCGGGCUAGCAGGGAGGAUCUUGAAAGUUGCAAUCAUAGUGUUAGUAACAUGAGCACCAGCCCAUUGCCGGGUAGAGAUCAUUUUAACCCCAUGUACCAGUCCUCUGCAAAUCACUCUCCAUGGUCAGGCAACAAUGAGCCUAUUGAGAUCCCACAGGCGGCAGCACCUCCUCCAAGGAGAAACAACUUGGGUGUUGGUGAAAAUACAAGAUCUUCCUCAGUGUACUGGGAUCAAGAAGCCGGUCGGUUCGUCUCUGCUUCAACAACUAGAAGCAUGGGUGGAACUUCCUCUCAGGCUUCAGGGGCAGAGCUUACCUAUACGGGCCAGUCAAUAUUUUUUGGUGGGCCCCUUGUUGGUAAUGGUAGGACCGGUGGGGUUGCUGGUGGUGGGAGGGGGUCGGCCACAGGGAGUUAUUACCAGCAAGGUAGAACACAGAGAGGAGGGCAGCUACCGGUGUUUGUUCCAAGUGAGCAAAGCCAGACACCUAGAUUACAAUGACAUUGUAUUAUCAGAUUUGUUUUCGUGAACUUGUGUAGAUUUGUUUCUCGAAUCUUUUUUCAGAAAAUUUUGUCUUUGUUAAUUUAUUGAUAUUGUGCAGUUUACAUUCA